CAACCACCAAACUUCCAUACUUCAGCACCAACUUACCUCUGUUUUGAUUUCUAGUUUUUAGAUUCCUUUCGAAGCAUGCUCUAGUCAUAAUCAUCUCCCAGUCCUUCAGUAUGUCCAAAGCAGCUUCAGCAAGGGCGAAAUUCGCCGAGUUACGUGCUCUUCGAGAGUCUGGCAAGAAGCGUCUUGACAGCUACCAAGUCGAACAGGAAGCCGACUUGUACGAAGAAGUCGAUGAAGAUGGAUACAAAAAAGUUGUCCGAGAACGCCUGAACCAGGACGAUUUCGUCAUCGACGACAAUGGAGAGGGAUACGCAGAUGAUGGCCGAGAAGAAUGGGAUCGUCAACCUGGAUAUGAUACCGGGAGUGAGGAGGAAUUGCCUGCCAAAGGCAAAGCGGGCAAAGCUGCUAAACGCAAACGCGAAGAAGACAAGGCAAAGAAGGAGAAGACAGACAAGGGCAUAAGCAACUACUUCACGAAGGGUCCUGUGACAGCUCAGCCUAAAGCUAAGCCUGUCAAGACCCAAGCAGAUGACGACUUUCUUUCCGGGCUACUCGACGAGGUAGAUACCAAUGUGCCUCGCCAUGUGCCUCAAGCUAGCAGGUCACGCAAGAUCCAAGACAAAAGAAGAGCUCGAGCAUUGUCUCCCGUCAAUGAAAUUCCUCGUCAUGCACCCAAGAAGGCCAAGCUGGUUGAUAGCAGAGAGCCUGCCACUCCACCCGAGGAUCAAGACUACGGAGAUGAUAACUUCAUGAAUGAUAUCGAGGAUGCAGAUAUGCAAAUGGAAGACCCCCAACCAUCAUCUCCAGUAGUCAAGGCCGUCGAGAGGAAAGCCCAUGUCAGCGUCAAAGCCGAGGAUGAAGACGGCGAUGAUAUGAUGGAAGUUGCGCAAGCCGACGGAAUUGUUACUGCGAGUGUGAAUCGGUCCGGCACGCGGCCUCCACCUAAAAUCAAGAAGACUGAAGCAUACCCUUCUCCCGCAAGCUCGUCUCCAACACGAGCUCCUACACAACACGUUGAUGCCUCGGCUUGGAACGACGUCACGCAAAGAUUGAAUGUCAUGAACAGCAGUCAGUCAUCAGAGAGCAUGUCAUUUGGGAAGUUGGAUUACCACGAUGCUAUCGAAGAAGAUGGGAGCUUACGAAUGUUCUGGACCGACUACACUGAAAUCAAUGGAUCUCUAUGCUUGUUCGGUAAAGUCCAAAACAAGAAGACGGGAGGCUAUGCCAGUUGUUUUGUCAAAGUAGACAACAUCUUGCGCAAAUUGUUCUUCCUCCCUCGACAGUAUCGACAGAAACACGGCCGUGAUACUUCGGAAGAAAUCGACAUGAAAGAUGUUUACGAAGAAGUUGACGAAUUGAUGGGGAAGCUGAGAGUCGGAAUGCAUAAAAUCAAGCCAUGCUCAAGAAAGUACGCGUUCGAGCUACCUGACGUCCCUAAGGAGGGAGAAUAUCUUAAACUCCUUUAUCCUUAUUCGAAACCCCAAUUGCAACCUGAGCAUCAAACAGGUUCAACGUUCUCGCAUGUUUUCGGCACAAAUACGCCACUCUUUGAGCAAUUUGUCUUGUGGAAGAACAUCAUGGGACCAUGCUGGCUGAAUAUCGAAGAUGCAGAGUUUGGCGUACUGAACAACUCGUCUCACUGCAAAUUGGAGGUCCAAGUAUCAAAGCCAAAUUCGAUCACUCCAAUGAGCGAGAGUGAUGGUCUGGAAGCGCCACCUCUGACCUUGAUGAGUAUCGCACUACGAACUGUGUUGAAUGUCAAAGAGAACAAACAGGAAAUUCUAGCUAUCAGUGCUAGGGUGUACCAGAACAUCUCUCUUUCUGACACAACACCUCCAGAGCAACUUCCCUGCCGCUCCUUCACGAUCAUUCGGCCAACCUUAAACUCCUUCCCUAUUGGAUUCGAGAGCGAUGUGAAGAGGAAGGCCAAAGGGGAUGUGAAGCUUGCCAAACAAGAAGCAGAGGUCUUGAGUUUCUUCUUAGCACAACUCAAUUUGAUUGAUCCUGAUGUCCUCAUUGGUCAUCAGCUAGAGGGUGUGGACUUCAGUAUUCUACUUAAUCGCCUCCAAGCAAAGAAAACGCCCCAAUGGUCUCGUAUAGGUCGCAUGAGACGCACCCAGUGGCCGAGCUCGAUGGGCAAAAUGGGUGGCAAUUUCUUCGCUGAGCGAUCCCUGAUCUCUGGACGUCUGUUGUGCGAUUUAGCUAACGAUGCCGGAAAAUCGACAAUGACGAAGUGUACUUCCUGGAGUUUGACCGAGAUGUGCAGUCUCUAUCUUCCUGGAACAAUUCGCCGUGAAAUCGACAACGAGACAGCGUUGAAAACAUGGGCCACCACAAAAGACGGCCUUAUGGACUACGUGACCCACUGCGAGGCUGACACAUUCUUCAUUGCUGCUCUGGCAUUGAAGGUUCAGAUGCUGCCACUGACCAAAGUGCUCACGAAUCUGGCUGGCAAUUCUUGGGCGAGGACAUUGACUGGUACCCGUGCCGAACGUAACGAGUACAUUUUGCUCCACGAGUUUCAUCGAAACAAGUACAUUUGUCCUGACAAAGCCGUGUAUAAGGGCAAAGCACAAGCCGAGGAAGACAAUCUAGACGAGGGAAGCGGAGACGUGAAGAAGAAGGACAAGUACAAAGGUGGUCUUGUUUUUGAGCCAGAGAAAGGACUCUACGACAAAUUUGUGCUGGUCAUGGAUUUCAACUCUCUAUACCCAAGUAUCAUCCAGGAGUUCAACAUUUGCUUCACAACAGUCGAUCGUACUCAAUUGUCCGACGACGAAGAUCAGGUGCCGGAAGUUCCAACAGAUCAAGAUCUUGGUAUCUUGCCUAAGCUCAUCGCCACGCUUGUGAGUCGUCGACGACAAGUGAAGAGCUUGAUGAAGGACAAGAAUGCUACUACCGAGCAGCUGGCCACCUGGGACAUCAAGCAACUCGCUCUCAAGCUCACUGCCAAUUCUAUGUACGGUUGUCUGGGUUACACCAAGUCUAGAUUUUAUGCUAGACCUCUGGCUGUCCUUACAACGUACAAAGGUCGUGAGAUUCUGAGAAGCACAAAAGAUCUCGCCGAAAGCAACUCUCUUCAAGUUGUUUACGGUGAUACAGACUCUGUCAUGAUUAAUGCCAACGUCGAUAAUGUCGAAGAUGCUCUCAAAGUCGGCAACGAGUUCAAGAAAGCUGUCAACGACAGAUACCGCCUCUUGGAAAUUGACAUCGACAAUGUAUUCAGACGAAUUCUACUUCAAGCUAAGAAGAAGUAUGCCGCGAUCAAUCUUGUUCAGGUCGACGGCAAGUUUAUCGAAAAGAUGGAGAUUAAAGGUCUGGAUAUGAGGCGUCGCGAGUACUGCAAUUUGUCGAAAGAGAUUUCAGCAAAGCUUCUAGAUGAGAUCCUCUCUGGCGAUGAUCCUGAAGUCGUCAUCACCCGUAUCCACGAGUAUCUUGGAGAAAUCUCGACCAAGAUGCGAGAAGGUGGCGUGCCGGUCCACAAGUAUACUAUCUACACGAAGCUUGGAAAAGCACCCAAAGACUAUCCCAAUGCCGACAGCAUGCCACAAGUACAAGUCGCGCUGCGAGAGCUUUCAAAAGGCAAGACUGUCAGAAAAGACGAUGUCAUUGCCUACAUCGUGACUGGUGAUGGAAAGACCACUUCGGAACCUCCAGCAAAGCGUUCUUUCACACCUCAAGAUGUGGCAAAGGCGGACUCGGGCCUCGCACCUGAUGUGGAGUGGUACCUAUAUAAGCAAAUUUUCCCACCGGUUGAGCGAUUGUGCGCCAAUAUAACUGGUACUGAUACUGUUCGGCUAGCGGAUUGCCUUGGUCUCGAUGUUCGGAAAUAUAGCAUCAACAACAAUACUUCGAAUGGUGGCAACGAGGCGGAAAUACACCCUCUUGAAAGUCAGAUUGAUGACGAAGUCCGGUUCAAAGAUGCAUACCGCCUAACCCUUCGUUGCAGAGCAUGCAAGGCAACCUUUGGAUUUGAGGGACUUGCCGGCAGUCUUGAAAGCUGCUCUGCUAGUGGAAUCACGUGUCGAUGCGGACAUGUGCUUUCGAACCUCUCGGUCGUAGCUCAGCUAGAACAUCAAAUCCGCCAACAGACAAGCAAAUACUAUGAAGGCUGGUUGGUUUGUGAUGAUCAAGCUUGCGGCAAUCGGACACGACAAAUGAGUGUCUAUGGACACAGAUGUCUUGGUCCGAAAGGUCUCGCUCAAGGCUGCUUAGGCAAGAUGCACUACGAGUAUACUGAGAAGAUGAUGUACAACCAGCUUUUGUACUUUGCGACCUUAUUCGACGUUGAGAAAGCGAAAGGUGCUGCAAAGGGAAGCGAUAGAGAGCGUGUAAUGGCAUUGGCGGAGCAUAACAGAGUUCGCUUUGGUACAUUAAAGAGCGUUGUAGAUAAAUACCUUGAUAAGUGCGGUCGACAAUGGGUUGCUAUGGAUAGCUUGUUUGGAAAGUUAGGUUUCACAGCUUGAUCGAGUAUUCAAUUCAGGCGGUGGGGAGCUGGCAUUGCUUCAAUGGCGUUUGUAGGGUAUUAUGAAUUGAAUGCAUUUACAUGAAUCUUAAGUAGCU